AUGUCUAAGCGAGGACGUGGUGGCAAAGGAGGUGGAAAGUUCCACAUCUCCCUUGCUCUCCCUGUGGCUGCCGUUAUGAACUGCGCUGACAACACUGGCGCCAAGUCCCUCUACGUCAUCGCCGUCGCCGGCAUCAAAGGUCGAUUGAACCGUCUCCCUGCCGCCGGUUCCGGAGAUCUCGUCAUGGCCUCCGUCAAGAAAGGAAAGCCAGAACUCCGAAAGAAGCAUUUUUUGUUGAAUUCAAACGCCCAGAGAGUUAACGAAGCGAAAUUCAGUCUUAUCGUCGAUUUUAACACAUCGGGCGGAUUCAUGCAGAUCUUCGUCAAGACCCUCACGGGUAAGACCAUCACCCUUGAGGUCGAGGCUUCCGACACUAUCGAAAAUGUCAAGGCCAAGAUCCAGGACAAGGAAGGAAUUCCUCCAGAUCAGCAGCGACUCAUCUUCGCCGGUAAGCAGCUCGAGGAUGGCCGAACCCUCUCCGACUACAACAUCCAGAAGGAGUCCACCCUUCACUUGGUCCUCCGACUCCGAGGUGGUGUCAUUGAGCCCUCUCUCAAGGUCCUUGCCCAGAAGUACAACUGCGACAAGAUGAUCUGCCGAAAGUGCUACGCUCGAAUGCACUCCCGAGCCACCAACUGUCGAAAGAAGAAGUGCGGCCACACUAACAACCUCCGACCCAAGAAGAAGCUGAAGUAA